AUGAGUUGGAAUAAAUUAUUUUGUAACCCCUGUGAACUCCAGUUACUUGGUACUCUUAAUGGUGGUCAAAGUUUCAGAUGGACACACAAUCAAGAUAGUAACGAGUGGACUGGUGUAUUUAGCAAAACUGUAUGGAAAUUAAAACAGAGUGAUAACUUCCUGCAAUAUCAGGUGCUUGGUUCCUUAAACAAAAGUAUAUCUGAAAAUAACUCAAAAACUCACAAGUUGUCAGAUGAACAAAACUUCGAAAUUCUGUUAAAAAAAUAUUUUCGUCUUGAUCAUGAUCUAAGAAAAUAUUACAAGGAAUGGUCUGAAAAGGAUAAAUUAUUUCAAUCAGCAUGUAAACAAUUUUAUGGGAUCAGAAUGCUAGCUCAAGAGCCAGUAGAGAAUCUGUUUUCUUUUAUUUGCAGCCAAAAUAAUCAUAUUUCCAGAAUAUCAAGCAUGGUAGACAAAUUAUGUAUGUUUUAUGGUGAAGAAAUAUGUAAUCAUGAUGGUGUAAAAUAUUUCACAUUUCCAGAAGUGGAAAAAUUAUCAGAUCCACAGGUAGAAUCAAAACUGCGGGAACUAGGUUUUGGAUAUAGGGCGAAAUUCAUUCAAAAGUCGGCUGCACAAAUUGUGGAAUGGGGUGGAGAGAAAUGGUUUAACAGCCUACAAGAGAUGAAAUACAAAGAUGCUAGAAAAGAACUUAUGAAAUUAUGCGGAAUUGGCCCUAAGGUAGCAGACUGCAUAUGCUUAAUGUCACUGAAUCAUCUGGAAGCCCUGCCAGUGGACACUCAUGUGUAUCAAAUUGCUGCACAAAAUUACUUACCACAUCUAAGAGGAAAAAAGAAUGUUACAGACAAGAUGUAUGCAGAAAUUGGCGAUCAUUUCAGAAAUCUCUAUGGAGAUAUGGCUGGUUGGGCUCAUACGGUACUGUUUUGUGCAGACCUAAAGAAAUUUCAACAAAUUGAAAAUUCAGAUUCUAUGGAAAAAUGCAAACAAAGAAAGAAAAGAAAAAAUAAAUAA